GUUGCGGCGAAGUCCAGCGCCAUUUCGGCACAGUGCACUGCGCCCCGAGAUUAGUCACGCCACCACCACCACUCGGGACUGCGGGGAUGGAGCGGGAUUCCUGCGAAGGAAGACUAUCCACGCUAGUCGUAUCAAUUCCGAUCAUCCCUAGGGAAACAUAUUACGUCCUCGUACUUGUGGCUUUCAUUUGCCUGCUCACUUUUGAAUAAAAUAUUAAGCAUGUCCCGUUUACGUUCGGUGGAUCCAGGUAACGAGGACAUUAUGAAGGGAUAUGAAAGACUCAAAACCGUUGGAAAAGGGUCUUUUGGAACUGCAACUUUGUACAAACGCCUUGCAGAUGAUAUUCUUGUUGUUAUGAAACACAUUCACUUAUCGGAAAUGGCGCACAACGAACGCAACAUGGCCCUGAACGAAGUUCAAGUGAUUUCUUCCUUGGAUCACGAAAAUAUUAUAAAGUAUUUAGGAAGUUUCGAAACAGAUUCUGCUUUGGUAAUUAUCAUGGAAUAUGCAAACGGCGGCAAUCUCGCACAAUUAAUAACGUUAAAGAAAAACAACGACGAACCAAUCGCCGAAAACUCUAUUUUGAACAUAUUUUCACAGAUUUGUAAUGGGAUUGGUUACAUGCAUAUGCACAAAAUUUUACACAGAGAUUUAAAAUCGGCGAAUAUUUUUUUAACGCGCGAUGGUGUGGUGAAAAUUGGAGAUUUUGGUAUUUCAAAAAUGCUUACGACUCGUUCAGGAGCACAAACUGUAGUGGGAACACCAUAUUAUUUAAGUCCUGAAAUGUGUGAGGGAAAAGAAUACAAUGAGAAGUCUGAUAUUUGGUCAAUGGGCUGUAUUUUAUAUGAACUGAUUUGUUUGAGAAAACCGUUUGAAGCUACUACUUUACCAUCUUUAGUACAACAAAUUACUGCAGUGCAAUAUAAAGAUAUUCCCCAAACUUAUUCAGAUGGACUUCAUCGUUUAGUUCAAAUGAUUUUACAAAAAGAAUGCGAGAAACGACCCUCUGCUCAAUAUAUUUAUCAAACUAUUAUUCCUGCCAUUUAUGAGACGCUUUUAGAUGCAGAUUCUUCGAAUAGAUUAUCUUUAUCUACUAUAUUUAACCGAAGUAUUCCGAAGGACAGAUCUGUUUUGUAUGAAUUGUAUGGAUUUACAAGUGAACCAAAUUUAUAUCCCGUGAAGUUGCCACACAAACAAAUUAUUGAUUUUUCUAAUAGUGGGACACACUAUAUCGUGUUGACUAUAGAUAAACGUGUUUAUUCAUGGGGUGAAGACGUUUACGGACAAUUGGGGCACGGCCAACCAAGUGAUUAUAAAAAGUUCCCGAUUUAUGUAGAUUUUUUUCGAGGACGAAAUAUUGCCAGAUGUUUUGCGGGAGAAUCAUUCUCAAUGUUUCUGACUGAGCAUGGCACCAUUUUUACUUGUGGAGAUGGAAGAUUUGGUUGCUUAGGACAUGGAGAUUGGAAUACUACAUCAAAACCCACGUUAAUUACUUCGUUAUCAAGCGUAAAUAUUACGAAUUUAAGUUGUGGAUCGACGCAUGUGAUCGCUUUAGCAUCCAGUGGAGUGGUUUACUCGUGGGGUUCCUCAAAAGAUGGACAAUUAGGAUUAGGAGCAACACAACAUAGUUGUAAACCAACACGUGUUCAAUUGCCAAGCGAUGUAAACAUUCGAGAAGUCUUUGCUGGUUACGACAAUUCCGUUAUUCUAACAACUAGCGGGCAUAUAUUUGUUUCCGGUAGUAAUUUGAAUAACAAACUUGGUCUUGGCACACUAACUCAUUGUAAGAAAUUCGUAUUCUUGUCUGGAUUGGACGAUAAAAUUAAAGACGUUUCGUUGGCUUUUAAACAUACGGUUCUAUUGACGGAAAACGGUGAAGUUUUAUGCAUGGGAAGUAAUCAAAACCAUCAAUGCGGAAUGGGCAGGUAUGUUAAUGGCAUUUUACGAGUCUUAGAUUUACCACAAAUUCAAAUGAUAACCGCAGGUACUUGUUACACUAUAGCUGCUUCCGAAGAUAACGUAUUAUAUUUUUGGGGUACCCAUUAUCUGAAAACUUCAAAACCCCGCAAUUUUAACGAAACCUACACAAAUUUUCAAAGUAAUUCGUCUGGAUCGGGUGCGCAAUUGUUGCCACCGUUCAAGGAUGGUGAAAACAUCGCUGGGAGUUUUACGGAAGUCGAGAUGCGUUUUCGACGGUUAAAAUACGCGGUACCUGAGGAGAAUCUUAGCACAUUUAAGCCCAUAGUGCAAAUAAAACCGACACCGAUUUUGGCACUAUACGCUUCACCGGAAAAUGUAAAACAGGGGAAAAUUGUUUGGCUUGCUGGUAUUAGCGCCAAUGAUAACAGUGUUUCGGUUUUGGUGCACACAACUGCACCGCCACCCAUAAAGAAACUUGAAGAUGAUACUGGCGGACAAUCAUUACUUAUGAAUUGGAAUAAAUCGAAUCGUAUUUAUAGAAAUCAGACUUUACCGAAUACUCCACAAAUGUCUUAAAAUUAUUUUUUGAUAUGAAAGAUUGGAAAAUAGUUGCUCGUGAUUCUCAUUUUGCACCGUGUGGAAAGAUUACUUAAUUCCGCAAUUGUGAAAAAAAAAUUCAAAUUUAUCAUAUAAUUUGCUUCAUUGAAAGCAUUGGUAGGUCUAAAAUAUACUACAUUUACUCUUAAAAUUGCGAACAAUUAAACAAUUAAAUGUGAACAUCCUAGCGUCAUCUAGGUUUGAGUUUUGUGUUUUUGUAUUUUUAUGUAAACAUGCUAUUUCUUUGGAUUGGGAGGUGCAUGUACACUUUUGUGUACAUGUGACACACGGACACAGGUGCCCCUCCAUAACAAACCUGACCACUCACUGACUUCAAGUCACCUUAGAUGGCGCAGCAAUACACUUUAUUAAGUAAAAAUAGUCGCACGAUGCCGUGUGCGUACCUUGCGUUUCAUUCGGCGUGCCGCUUUCGUUAUUACAUUCGGUAAAUCGCGAUUUGUUUAAUUAAACCAUCGUCAAUAUUUCCUGUUAAUAAACGUGUCUUGUGUUUUGCUAAUGAUUUAUUGCGUGUGUAACGUGAAUUUAUUGUGUUCUAUAUUUACUGCACGCGUGUUUCCGUGAGUGCCGUUAUCCGUUGCCGUCGGACGCUGACCGUCGUUAUUCUGUGAUUUCUAAUAAUAGUGAUUAAAAUUAGUUCACAUAACAUUUUGGACUUGGGCAAUUCAAUUUUGUCGUCAAAAGCAGAUCUUGUACUUAUAUGCCGCCUGGUCGUUCCGGAACAAUUAAUGUCGAUUUGCAUCUUCACAUCUUUGAUUAAAUGGAGUCAACAAUAGUUACAGUUUGCAUACCCCUGAGGGCAGUAGCCCAUUCCUUGAUGGGUAUACACAUCAGGCCCUGACCCCCAAAGGCGGAAAGAUAGCUGAGCCGAGACCAUCAGGAUCGACCUCGGCGUGGACAGAACUGCACCUCAUUAAGUCUUCGUCAGCUACGGAUAAAAUUAAUCACACACAUAAAUAGUUUUAUAACAAACAAUUGAUUCUUAUAAUAUUUACCUCAGUUUCUCCCCGACUUUGCAAGGGUAGGAACCCAUUCCUUGAUGGGUAUACACAUCAGGCCCUGACCCGCAAGGGUGGAAAGCUGGCUGAUUUUGGACCAUCAGGAUCAACCUCGGCGUGGACGGAUAACAUAUUCUUCUUCGGCUCCUGAUAACAAUAAAAAAAUAAAUAAAAUCAAAUAUUA